AUGAACUCGUUGGUUCUCCCAGAGGUCGCCAAGCUAGACGCCAAGGAUGCAGCCCGGCCCGCCGCCCGGGUGGGAGGCGCAGAGCCAGCAGCGGGCGGCAGCAGCUCGUCCCAGGCUGCCAACGGUGGAGAUGCGCUGAUGGGGGCGGGGGCUGGUGGAGGGGCGGAGAAGGGUGGCGCCAAGGGGAAGAAAGAGAAGGAGAAGGAGAAGGAGAAGGGGAAGGAGAAAGGGAAAGCAGAGGGGAAGAGGAAAGGCAAGGGCCCCAAAGGGCGCAUGGUGUUUGGUGUGGACUCUGAAUCAGAGGACGAGGGGGGAGGGGCAGGCGAUUCAGGGGAGGAGGAGGUGGGCGAGGAAGGGGGGGAGGGUGGCAAGAAGGGAGAGGAGGAGGAUGCGGAGUUUGUGAAGCGAGUGACAGCCGUGGCUCAGACCAAGGCGGAGAAACUCGCCCCUGUGGACCACUCGCAGGUGCGCUAUGAGGUGCACUACGAGCCGUUCCGAAAGAAUUUCUAUAAGGAAGUAAAGGAAGUGGCAAAGAUGACAGCUGACGAGGUGGCUCUGUACCGGCGCGAGCACGAGUUCAAGCUGCGCGGCAAGGACGUGCCGAAGCCGGUGCACACAUGGGUGCAGAGCGGGCUGAGCAACAAGGUGCUGGACGUGCUCAAGAAGAUGGGGUUUGAACGGCCCAUGCCGAUUCAGGCGCAGUCGCUGCCCAUCGUGAUGAGCGGGCGGGACUGCAUUGGGAUUGCGAAAACUGGAUCUGGGAAGACUCUCGCGUUUGUUCUGCCCAUGUUAAGGCACAUCAUGGACCAGCCCCCACUCCAAUCCGGAGACGGCCCCAUAGGCCUGAUUCUCGCCCCCACGAGGGAGCUAGUGCAGCAGAUCUUCACGGACAUCCGCCGCUUCGCGCGCCCCCUCGGUCUCUCCUGCGUGCCCGUCUACGGCGGCUCCGGCGUGGCGCAGCAAAUCAGCGAGCUCAAGCGCGGCGCCGAGGUCGUGGUGUGCACGCCCGGGCGCAUGAUCGACAUUCUGGCGACCAGCAACGGGCGGAUUACCAACCUCAAGAGGGUGACUUACUUGGUGCUGGACGAGGCGGACCGCAUGUUUGACAUGGGCUUUGAGCCGCAGAUCGGGAGGAUUAUCGGGAACACGCGGCCGGACCGGCAGACUGUAUUGUUCUCGGCCACGUUCCCCCGCCAGGUGGAGACCCUGGCGAGGAAAGUGCUCACCAAACCAAUUGAGAUCCAGGUGGGAGGGCGCAGCGUUGUCAACAGCGACAUCACCCAAACGGUGGAGGUGCGGCCCGAGGGAGAGCAGCGCUUCCUGCGCCUGCUGGAGCUGCUGGGCGAGUGGUGCGACAAGGGCAAAAUCCUCGUCUUUGUGCACUCCCAAGACAAGUGCGACGCGCUCUUCCGUGACCUCCUGAAAUCCGGCUACCCGUGCCUCUCGCUGCACGGCGCCAAGGACCAGACCGACCGCGAGUCCACCUUGCAGGACUUUAAGACCAACGUGUGUAACUUGCUAGUGGCUACUAGUGUGGCAGCUCGAGGAUUAGAUGUUAAGGAAUUAGAGCUGGUGAUUAACUACGAUGUGCCGAACCAUUACGAGGAUUAUGUGCAUCGGGUGGGGAGGACCGGGAGGGCCGGGAGGAAAGGGUGCGCGGUGACGUUUAUCAGUCCGGAAGAGGAUCGGUUCGCGCCGGACCUGGUCCGAGCCUUGGAGCUGUCGAAGCAGCCGAUCCCGGAGGAUCUUAAGGCCAUGGCUGAUGCGUUCACUGCUAAGGUGAAGGCUGGGAGCGUGGUGGCGCAUGGGAGUGGGUACGGCGGGAGUGGCUUUAAGUUCAAUGAGGAGGAGGAAGCUGCUAAGAAGGCGCUGAAGAAAGCCCAGGCGAAGGAGUAUGGUGUGGUUGUGGAUGAGGAGGAGGGGGGCGAGGAGGAGGAGGAGAAGGAGGAGAAGGAUGGCAGCGGGGCCAUUCGGAGGGUUGAGGCGCCGAGUGCGGGUGGUGCGGCGGCGUCGGCGGCGCAGAAUAUCGCAGCGGCGGUGGCGGCUGCUGCGGCUGCGGCUGCAGCGAACCAAGCAGGGGGUGCGGUGCCGGCAGGGGCAGCGGCGAAUCCGAUUCAAGCAGCAGUGCAGGCGAGGAUGGCCCAGAUGGGUAUCACUCCUGCUGCUGGCGCUGCUGGUGCGGCUGGUGCUGCUGGUGCUGCUGCUGCCCUUGCCAAUCCCCUCGCCGCAUCCCUCGUGGGGGCAGCAGCAGCAGGGGAAUCAGCAGCGACGGCCAUCGCCUCAGCAGCCGCCGCAGCCCCGACCCCGGUUUCCCGCGCAGCGGCCUUCGCAGCAGCCAUCAGCCUCCAGCACAACUUAGCCAAACUCCAACCAGCCGAACCCGUCAAAGCGCACUAUGAAGCGGAAUUCGAGAUCAACGAGUUCCCGCAGCACGCGCGGUGGAAGAUCACCCACAAAGAAACCCUUAACCAGAUCAUUGAAUGGACGGGGUCAUCGGUGACGACGCGUGGGCUGUACUGCCCGCCGGGCAAGGCGUUGGCGGCCGGGGAGAAGAAGCUGUACCUGUCGAUCGAGGGACCGACGGAGGCGAGUGUGAAGAAGGCCAAGGUGGAGAUCAAGAGGAUCAUUGAGGAGGCGAGUGCUGCUGAUGCAUCCCACCAGCAGCGGCCCGUGCAGCCCGGGCGGUACUCGGUUAUGUGA